AUGUUUACACUUCGACCCCCUCAUGGCGCUUUUGCCGUCGGGGCUACAACUCUCACUUCUCCGGUUCAGCCGCCGUCUACUGUAGGGAGCGGGCUGACAGUCGACGGGCAAGCACUGGUCCUUGACGAGAUCGCAUUUACGCUCUUCUACCCAACCGAAUCGAAGCGCAAGGGUCCGCAAAGCAUACCAUGGCUGCUAAGGCCGGUGUACUCAACGUUCGUUGGGUUUUCUCGAUUCAGCGGUAUCUCAGCGUUCCUACUGUGGCCAAUCGUUUAUCUCUUCGGGGUCUUGCUGAAGAUCCCCGUUCAUCCCAAUGCACCGCUACUACAUCCACCGGAGAACAUCAAACAAUGGCCUCUUGUCUUCUUCUCUCACGGGCUUGGUGGCUCACGGACGGCAUAUAGUCAAGUCUGCGCUGAGCUUGCCUCUUCAGGACGCGUUGUUCUUGCCAUUGAGCACCGCGACGGCACCUCUCCUGCUACAACUGCUCGCAAUGGCCGGACAGUGCUCUAUUACCGCGAGCAAGACGUGGCUUUUCCUGAAGACAUGAAACUGGGGGUGCUUCCACUCCGCACAGACCAACUCGCGUUCCGGCGACAGGAAAUCUACCGUAUAUUCGAAGCGUUCAGCGCGCUCGUCAAUACCAAAGAUGCCGCUUCGUUUGCGGGCUUAGAGGGAGAGCAGGUGGAUCUUGGUGGCUGGCAGUCAUCUACUGGAGUCCCUCUUGUUAAAUGCGACAACCUCACCCUUGCCGGCCACUCGUUUGGCGGUUGCACUGUCCUUGACGUCCUUUCAUCGCCGCCCUGCAGCCCCUCAUCACCGCUACCAGUCGCAAAAGCCCUCUUGUUAGAUCCCUGGCUCGAACCGCUGCCCACCCCGGGACCUACACUUGUCCAUCCUCCCUCUUCGCUGCGCCUUCUUGUCAUCAACUCACAAACAUUCACUCUCUGGAACGACCACUUCACACGGUUGCUUGACCUGGUCAAGGAAUGGGACUCUGAUCAUGGCAAGCUGUUAACCUUAGUCGGGUCAGUUCACCACUCGUUCUCUGAUUUUGCCGUCUUUCCACUAGUUCGAAAACGGCCAGCCGAACUCAUCAUGGAUCGGAUAACAACGUUAUCGCUCAGUUUCUUGAACGACAAUCUCCAGAACACGCUUACAAAUCUCCCAACGCGAGACAUGGAAACAGUGGUUAUUGGAAAACGUCCUGAUGGACGACCUAGACGCUCAUUGGUUGGGGCCACUGGUGAUGUAGUUGUAAUGUGA